AUGUUACGCCGAUUGCAGACUCUGCUCCAGAGGAAGUUUAAAAUUUUGCUCUUCUUUCUCCUCCUCUUGGCUCUCCUGAUGCACAUGGCAUUGGACUUGGCUCUCCCAGUUGCUCCCAGCUCCUGCAGCUGUAUCCCAAAAGCAGCGAACCCCUUGGGCCUCCCGCCAUCCGGCCCGUUAGUUUCAGUCCAAAAAAAGUUGAGCCUGCGGAUCCUUCAGGAUUUCAGUGGCAGCAAUGGCUCCUUGGAGAAAGGCUCCCGCUCACUGGAAGGGAGGCCACCAGCAGGUGGUGGAAGCAAGACGGUUCUCAGAGAUCGUGACUUUAAGCACCAGUGGGCAGGGGUGAAGUCGGCAUGGACAGGGCGGUCAAAGAUGGCAGCACUCUUUGAGCAUCCCCUCUAUAAGAUCCCAAUCCCGGAACUGGUGAAGAAAGACAAGCUCUUCAGUGUCAACCCCAAAGAGAAGUUCACGCUGAAAAGCAGUGGGAGUGAUGAAUGGGUCAGCAGCAGUAAAGCAGAGAUGGUCCUUCCGACCGGGAAGACCCCAUAUGAUACCUACCCCACAUGGCUCAGGUUCCACAUUGGCAUUAAUCGCUAUGAGCUGUACUCCCGGCAGGACCCCGUCACUCCUACGCUGCUGGAGGAACUGGCUACGCAGAAAAUCAUCGGCUCAGUCCAGAAACCUGGAGGGACCCAGCUGAAGUUGAUCAUGACGUUCCCAAAUUAUGGAGAGGCACUCUUCAAACCCAUGAAGCAGACCCGGGACCAAGAGACCCCAGCAGAUUUCUUUUACUUCUCGGACUUUGAACGACACAAUGCAGAAAUAGCAGCCUUUCACCUGGACAGGAUCCUGGAUUUCCGGAGAAUCCCCCCAGUGUCUGGUCGUUUGGUGAAUAUAACUAAAGAGAUUCGAGACAUCACAACUGACAAGAAACUGGCUAGAACCUUCUUCAUUUCCCCAGCCAGCAAUGUCUGCUUCUUCGGCGAGUGCUCCUACUACUGCUCCACGGAGCACGCCCUGUGUGGCAAACCGGACCAGCUCGAGGGCUCCAUGGCGGCCCUUCUGCCCGACAAGGAACUGGCCAAACGCCACUCCUGGCGCAGCCCCUGGAGACGCUCGUACCACAAGAGCAAGAAGGCGGAGUGGGAGCUGAAUCAGAAUUACUGUGCUCAGGUGAGAAAGACACCGCCCUACGACAGCGGCUCCCGCCUGCUCGACCUCAUAGACAUGACUGUGCUUGACUUCCUGAUGGGUAACAUGGACCGACACCACUAUGAGACCUUUGAGAAGUUUGGUAAUGACACCUUCCUGCUUCACCUGGACAACGGCCGAGGAUUUGGGAGACAUUCUCAUGAUGAAAUGUCCAUCCUGGCCCCUCUCCAGCAGUGCUGCAGUAUCAAGAAGUCGACAUUCUUGCGCUUGCAGCUGCUUGCCACGGAGCCGUACCGCCUCAGUGACGUCAUGCGGGAGGCGCUGGCCUCAGACCGCCUCUCACCAGUCCUAUCAGAGCCUCACCUGGAAGCUCUGGACCGGCGGCUCCAGCGAGUACUGGACAUGGUGCGGGUGUGCAUGGCAAAGGGAGGCCAGAAGGAGGUGCUGGUGGAUGACAUGGGAAAGCUGAAACAGGCGAUAUGGCAGCGCCAAGAGACAAGGAGCAAAAAAGCGUGA